AUGGCCAAGUCUAAAAAGGCCGCCGCUGCUGCCGCCGCCGCGGCCGACGAUGCCAUGGACGUCGACGCCCCGUCCACGUCGUCCCUUCAGAACGACCCGGAGUCUGCCGCCAUCAUCGCCGCCUCGUCCUCGUCGGCGCCAGUCAACCAGCGCAGGCUGGUCGAGAUCCUGCCGGAACGGGUCGGAUCGGUCGCCUCGACCGACUUCCCUCUCCACCACCCCGGCGAGAACCACGUCUGGUCACACAACAAGUUCACAGAGAACCUCCGGCUCAUCAUCACCCGCCUCUCUGACGCGCAGGUCGAGUUCGACCUUAUCGGCGUCGAUGCCUCCAUCGCUAACGCCAUCCGCCGGGUGCUGAUGGCCGAGGUGCCAACCGUGGCCAUCGAGCAUGUCUACGUCUGGAACAACACCAGCAUCAUUCAGGACGAGGUCCUCUCGCACAGGCUCGGUCUCGUCCCGCUCAAGAUCGACCCCGACCGCAUCGCCAUGAGGAUGCCCGGAGACGACGCCGACGACUCCAACACUGUCGUCUUCCACCUGAAAGCCAAGUGCGAGCGGAACCCGAGGGCGCCAAAAGGCGAGACGGAUCCAGACAAGUGCUACAUCGGUCACAAUGUCUACUCGAGCCAGCUCACAUGGGAUCCCAAGGGCUCGCAAGAGGAGGACUUUGCAGACUGCCCGCCGCGCGCCGUACACGACCGGAUCCUGCUGGCCAAGAUGCGUCCCGGGCAGGAGCUCGACCUGGAGCUCCACUGCGAAAAGGGCAUCGGCAAGGACCACGCCAAGUUCUCGCCCGUCGCGACGGCCACCUACCGCCUGCUGCCGCACAUCCAGCUGCUCAAGCCGAUCCCGUCGGACCUCGCCGAAAAGUUCGCCGGCUGCUUCCCUGAGGGCGUCGUCGGGCUGCGGGGUCCCAAGGGCAACCAGGAGGCGUUUGUGCAGGACGCGAGAAAGGACACGAUGUCGAGAGAGGUGCUGCGGUACCCCGAGUUCGAAGGUUUUGUCAAGCUGGGGAGAGUCAGGGAUCAUUUCCUCUUUGACCUCGAGUCGUCUGGUGUCAUCCCGCCAGAGAAGCUGCUGCCCGUCGCCAUCCGGACGCUGCGGGAAAAGAUCCGCGCAGUGCGCGAGUCACUCGACCUGCUUGAGAGCACCAGCGCGCCGGCGGCGACUCACUAG